GCAGAUCGCUUCCUGUCGCUCUCGGCCGACUCCAGGAUCCGCCGCCCUGCGGUCACCUGCAGGGAGACCAUGCCGAGACCCCGGAAGAGGUCGGCUGCGGCGGCUGGCCCAGACAAGAAGGGGCUAUCAGGAAAACGUACCAAAACUGAGAAUUCAGGUGAGGCAUCAGCUAAGGUGGAGAACUCCAGUCCUCAGAAGAUUUCAGACUCUAAAAACUGUGGGAAGAAUCUAAGCAGCCAUUGGCUGAUGAAGUCAGAGCCGGAGAGCCGACUAGAGAAAGGGGUAGAUGUGAAGUUCGGCAUUGAGGAUCUCAAAGCACAGCCCAAGCAGACAGCAUGCUGGGAUGGUGUUCGAAACUACCAGGCUCGGAACUACCUUAGAGCCAUGAAGCUGGAGGAAGAAGCGUUCUUCUACCACAGCAACUGCAAAGAACCAGGCAUUGCAGGACUUAUGAAGAUUGUGAAGGAGGCUUACCCAGACCACACACAGUUUGAGAAAAACAGUCCCUAUUAUGACCCAUCCAGCAAAAAGGACAACCCCAAAUGGUCCAUGGUGGAUGUACAGUUUGUUCGGAUGAUGAAGCGUUUCAUCCCACUGGCUGAGCUCAAAACCUAUCACCAAGCUCACAAAGGCACUGGUGGCCCCUUAAAAAAUAUGGUUCUCUUCACUCGCCAGAGACUCUCAAUUCAGCCCCUGACCCAAGAAGAGUUUGAUUUUAUUUUGAGCCUGGAGGAAAAGGAACCAAGUUAACUGAAAUACUGUUUCCUGGAAUGGGCAUGACAUUACUCCAAAGAAGUCAAGCUUUUUUAAGACAUAAGAAGGUGCAAGAAGGCUUGCUUGUGUUCUUGUGUACGUUUUUCAAUAAAACAUUAAUACCAAA